AUGUCUAUUCAGGACAUCAGCAACCUACUUCACAAUGCCAACAUUCUGGCGCAUCUCUCCGAACAGCCCCAAGUGCAGCUCAGUCUUCAGCCCACUUCAACUAGCAGUCAGAACAUCCGGAAGGCACCAUGGUCCAAUGAGCAUACCCGUGAGGAGGAGGCUGUAAAUCAGGCUCCAGAGCAUGAUAUAAGUGAUGAUGACCAGGACCAGGACCAAACUGAUGGGGAAAAUGAGGAAAGGUAUGUCUUCCACUACUAUCUCAUCCUUCUACAUAUUAUCACAUGUACCCGAUGCAUGGAUGGGGUUCAGGACCAGGAGAAAACGCUCGAAACAGGCGAUACCACAGACUUCGGACAACACGAAGAUGAUUUGGAUGGUGAGUAUGAAGGUGAAGCUCAGGAAGAUUUAAAUCGUUGCGAUUUCGAUCAUGAGCCUGAUGCUGUGGACGAUUUUCUGGAUCAAGGUAUUGAUGGGGAUUUUGACGAUGAGCUUGACACUCAGAGGGACAAGCCUGACGCUCAGGACAAUGCUAUUGAUGAUGAUUUCAAUGAUGAGCUCGACAACACAGCCAGAGACAAAACAGAGGAAAGUGUUUUAAUUUUUGUCUUGAGCCACUCGAAGUCUCCUCGUCGACCGUCACCUCAACAUGUGGUAUCUACUGGGUCUUCUGCUCUAGCGCUACCUCUUAAAUAUUCAUGCAGAAAUAAGCGCAAGGCCAAGACAGCUCAAGAGGACCCCGUGAAGCUUGGCUUUUACCCACCUGCCUGGCAAGCAUUUUUGCAGGCAGAGAAGUUAGAAAUGCACCUACAGGCUGUUCUAAUGCAUCCCAUUCCAGAUCAUCAAGAUGCACUACAACUUGCACAAGAAGUUCUUGAUGCUGAAUUGUGGAUGUAUCAUGAAAAAAAGAUCAAGUUGGACAAUGUACACGACACAAAUGUCGUGACUGAGCUGAAGAAAAUUGUUAUAUCCAUCGCAAAAGCAUCAUACAAUAUCUUCCCGAAGGGCACCAUAGCGCGCAAGGAUGAGGUACAGAGAUGUGUCAUAGCGAAGGCCACCAAGUUACUCAAGACCAGUGAUUAUCUUUGUAUUCCUGAUUCAUCUAAUGGCAAAUGGAAGAAUUUUGUCUCACAAGCUCUCAGGGAUGGCUGCCUUGAGUUCUACUAUGGCAAUAGCAAGAAGGCCCUCAAGAACACAGAUGAAUUUCGACAUACAAUACCUAUCAAUGGGCUACUUCUUGUGGGUGCUGUGGUGAAGGGCGUCCUCACUGGGUUUCGCAAGACUGGCACCGACAAAGUCCCUGACCUCUCAGCAGAUAAAUGUAGGGCUGACUUCAACUCAUUGCAGAGGUCUGUAGAUGCACUUCUAGAAAAUCCUGACCAUUGUGUGGAGCUUGAGGAGAUGUUGGAGCAGUGGGCUAUGAUUGGGGCAGGUGACCUUGAUUUUGAUGAGGGCAGUAUGGGAGGCCGUGAUAUGGAUGAUGUCAACAUCAUCUUAUAA